CCUCUUGGGUCCCUGGGGUGACAUCUCUGCUCCUGCCCUGGAGACAGCCCUCUCCCCAGCUCAGUGUGGGCGGGGGCAUGGUAUGCUGAGGUCUCUCUGAAGCCCCUGUGCAAGCUUUGAGCCUAAGACCUGGUCCAACAUGGCCAAUCCAGUGCAGCCUCAGUUUACCCGGUCGCAGGAGCUGGGCUCCACCUCACCAUUGGACCUGCCUGAGAUGGAGAAGCUUCUCACCAAGGUGGAGGACAAGGGGGACACAGCCCUGAAUCUGUCCAAGUCCCUGUCAGGGGCUCUGGAUCUGGAGCAGAAUGGGCACAGCCUGCCUUUCAAGGUGAUCUCUGAGGUGCACCGGGAGACCUCCCACCCCGGCUCCCCUUCCCGUGUCAGCUCACGGCGGGCAUCCUCCAUCGUCACAACCUCCUAUGCCCAGGACCAAGAGGCCCCUAAAGAUUACCUAAUCCUUGCCAUCGCUUCUUGCUUCUGCCCCGUCUGGCCCCUCAACCUCAUCCCUCUCAUCUUUUCUAUAAUGUCUCGAAGCAGCGUGCAACAAGGAGACAUGGACGGGGCCCGGAGGCUCGGCCGUCUGGCUAGGCUGCUUAGCAUCACCUUCAUCAUCCUCGGGAUCGUGAUCAUCAUUGUGGCUGUCACGGUCAACUUUGCAGUUCACAGUAAAUAGAAGGAAGCAGGGAGCCAUGCUAGCACAAGCAGACACUGGCCAGCUCUGAACCC